AGGUUCAGACUUGCUUUGCUUUUAUGGGGGUUCAAACUUGCUUCACUUUCAUGGGGGUUUAAACCUGCUUCACUUACACAAGGAUUCGGAUUUGCAUCACUUUCGCUUGAGUUGUGAUUUGCUUCAUUUUCAUAGAAAUGCAAAUUUGCUUUGUUUCACAGGGGUUUUGAUUUGUUUUGCUUUUACUGGAGUUUUCAUUUCUUCACUUACUUCACUUUCAAGGGAACUCUGA